UCUCAAUUACUACUAAAUUUUUAUGCAAAAUGUUCCUAUAAAUACAUCCCUAGAGCCUCAUCAUUUUUCAUCAAACAACAUUUAGCAUUUCAGAAAUUAAUUGUAAUAACUAAAAUGAGUUCAUUUUCUAUAUUGUGUGUCUUGGGAUUAAUAUUCAUAGUGGGGAGUCACGUUGCAUAUGCACAAGACUCACCAGCAGAUUACGUGAACGCCCACAACGCAGCAAGAUCUCAGGUUGGUGUUUCAAACAUUGUUUGGGACAACACUGUUGCUGCUUUUGCACAAAACUAUGCUAAUCAGCGCAAGGAUUGUCAACUGAUCCACUCCGGUGGUGGUGGCCGUUACGGGGAGAAUAUCGCGAUGAGCACCGGUGGCAUGAGCGGCACAGAUGCAGUGAAGUUGUGGGUUAAUGAGAAAUCCGACUAUGAUUAUAACAGUAAUACAUGUGCUGCUGGUAAAGUGUGUGGUCAUUAUACUCAGGUUGUUUGGAGAAACUCAGUUCGUCUUGGAUGUGCCAAAGUGAGAUGUGAUAAUGGAGGAACUUUCAUUACAUGCAACUAUGAUCCACCUGGCAACUAUGUUGGCCAGAAGCCAUAUUAAGUAUAUGUUUCAUAUGAUGAUAGUUCUAAUUUCUAAAUAAUACCAGAAAAAUAAGUACCUAAUGAGUUUCUGACUCGUUAUUUUAAAUAAUAAAAUAAUGUUUAUGUGAGUUAA